AUGAUCACCACAUUCGUAGGGCCCGAGGGCCCAGAGACGGUCGCCACGCGACUUGGCCGCAGGCGGCCCGCCGUCGCCCGAGCCUGCGCCGACUGCCAGCGUCGCAAAGUCAAAUGCGACGGCCAAUUGCCCUGCCACAACUGUCGCAGCGCGCAUGUGACAUGCCAAGCGCCCGCACCGAGCGAUGCGGAAGACUAUGCCGCCAUUUUCAAGAAGCUGUUCGGCCAGAUCCCGAUCUCAGCUGUCCGGGACUGCUCCCGCGACCACCUCUUCCAUCUCCUUGCCAAUGCGGACGCCGAAGGAGCAACGCAGAGCUCGCCCCACGUGGCCCCGAACCCGGAGGCGAUGCUGCAAACCCCGUCUACCUCGCCUGCAGUCAGCGAAGCUGUCCAGCGACUGCAGACGCUGGAGAACGGUGCUGUAGAAGGGUUUGAAUGGGACGAGAGCGAUGUCAAUCUCCAAGAAGCUGCUGCGGAUGACGUGAAUGCUCUCUCGCUAUCGGCCCAUUCGCGGUCCUCCUUCCUGGGCAUCUUCUCCGUCGCUGCGGUCGUUCGAGUCCUGGUCAAGGUUCUUCCUGGAUCUAUCCUGCAAGACAACGAAGCCCGACCUGCCAAGCUUGCCGACUCUGGCCCCGUGGAGUCGCCCACCUUCCACCAGCAACCCAUCGAUUCGGCGCCCCAGGUCUCGUAUCACGAAGGCCAACGACUUAUUGACGCCUAUUUCACUCAUGUGCACGUGUUCGCACCAAUGGUCCACGAACCAACAUUCCGGACUCAAUACCUGACACGGAGUCGGCGAGGAUCUCCGUGGAUGGCCCUGUUCUACAUGGUGCUCGCGCUUGGAAGCGUUGCCUCGUCGACGUCUGACUCCGAAGACGAUAUUAUGUACUAUCGAGCGGCUCAAGCCCACCUCGGCCUCGAAAGCUUCGGAAGUGGGCAGAUGGAGACGCUGCAGGCACUCAUCCUGAUGGGAGGAUUGUACCUCCACUAUAGGAACCGACCCAAUAUGGCGUCGGCCAUCAUGGGUGCCGCAAACCGGAUAGCGUCGGGGCUUGGACUCCACAGAGAGUUUCCAGGAGAUGUGAUGAAUGCAACAACGAUUGAGACAGAGAUUAGGAGGAGAACAUGGUGGUGCAACUACGUGCUAGACUCGUGGGGAUCUACCACACUCGGAAGGCCGUACCAUGCUGCCAAAUUUGAGGUCAAGCCUCCUCGUAACCUCGUCGAUGAUCAGACAGGAAGAGAAGCGCCUGCCUUGGAGGCGACUGUCAACUCUCCGUUGAUACACAACAUCGCGCUUUGCAACAUCGUAGGCCACAUCCAGGCGAGGCUCCAGACCUCUCCAAUUCUGGAUUGGAAGGAGAUCGGUGCCUACGACAAAAUGCUGGUAGAUUGGUACCAGCAGCUUCCCCCAUUCAUGCGAUCGCCGAACACAUGUCCCUCGUCAUUGCAGGUGGUGCGAGCAGUAUUUAACUGGCGGUAUCAGAACAUACGCAUCCUCCUACAUCGAGCGGUGGUCCUUGAUGCGACGAUUAGACAAAUCCCAUUCGCCAGUCUCGAAGCAGAGGAACAGAAAGCCGUCUCGCAGUGCCGGAAACUGGCGGCGGAAUCAAUCGAGAGCAUCAAGAACGAAUGGCGGCCAACCAAGAUGUCCGGAUGGAACGCCGUCUGGUUCCUCUUCCAAGCAUGCCUCAUCCCACUGAUGGCAUUGGCGACCGAAUCGCCAGAAGACCCGUCAUUUGCAACGUGGCGAGCGGAGGUUCAGACGGGGAUAUCUUUGUGCGAGAACAUGGCGAUGUGGAGUCUCGUGGGGAAGAAGACCAAGGGUGUUCUGGAGCGGCUGUUGCGGGGGACAGAACGGGGCUGCCGCGAGGCCGCAGUGGAAGCGGAGGCUGCUGCUGCUACUCUAGACCUGUUGCCCAACAACUUUGACCAAUCCUUCUUUGCGAAUGAUUGGUCUGAUGUAAUGGGAGGCCUAGAUUUUGCCGGCACGUUCGACCAAGGUUUCUAUGAUACGGCUGGUGCGCAAUUUUCGGACGGGAGCAUGUUCAUGCCUGUUGCUCCCAGGGACGAUGAUGAUCCGAAGAUAUUUCACGAAGGAUAG